UUUUCCUGUUCACUAAUAAUUAUCUUGAGUCUGUAGAGGCCAUUUUCUUAACGUAGAGUAUAUAUGAAAUAUAUACAUAAGACACUAAGACGUAUGUAUUACAUACGUUGACUAACGAUAACCGUAUAUAUCAGAUAUCUCAUUGUUAUGUCGUGAGUUGACUUCUAUACACGUGUUGUGGAUCAGCAAAGAUGUUUUCAAUAAAGUUUUCCUUUUUCUUAAUAAGUGCAAACGUAAUAAUUACUUUUGGAGAUCAAUCUCAAAAGUUUUUCCGUUCCGACUAUGAGAAAUACUUGCCAGAAACAGACAGUUUUUAUAAAGUUCACGGGUUGCCAAAAACUUUCGAUGGAGCGAAGGAGACUUGUGAAAUAGAAGGAGCUGAAUUAUUUUAUCCAGUAGGUGAAGAUGAGGCUAAAGCUAUGAUAACAUAUUGGAAGGAAAAACAAUUUUAUUCCUCAAUUUACAUCGGUGUUUCGGCAUCUUUAGUGCCUGAAGUAUAUCAAACUGUUCACGGUGCCUCGAUAGACACCGUUUAUAAUAAAUGGGCCAAAGGUGAACCAAAUAAUCGUGAAGGCAACGAGCAUUGUGUGACUUUGCUAGACGACGCUACCCUGAACGAUAUUAAGUGUGAUACUGCCAAAAGCUUUAUUUGUAAGAAGAGAGCCAGCGCGAUUCAUUGGAACCUGCUCUGUGAUUUACCCGAUAGACGUUACGAAUAUGUGGAACAAUUAGGUAGAUGUUACAAGUUUCACACAAAUCCAAGAAACUGGACGGAGGCUUUCCGAGCUUGCAAUGCCGAGCAGGCGUACUUGGCUAUCAUCGACAGUCAGGCAGAAGCGGAUCACCUCGUGAACGUCACAAAGAUGGCGAAAAAAGAUGACGUGGAAGGCCGCUAUCUUCGAGGUGCCAUUCAUUUAGGAUUUGUUAAGAAGAAUUCAGUGUGGCGUUCUAUUAUGGGUCGGCCUCUCAAAGCCCUCGGCUACAAGGCGUGGGGCACAAACCAACCCGACGGAGGAGAUAGAGAGAACUGCGGCUCCAUGUUCUACAAUGGCAAACUGAACGACAUCGGAUGCAAUCAGCAAUGCUUUUUCAUAUGCGAAAGGGAGAUACCGCUAUUAGAAAACUCCAUUAACUUAAGGUUCGGUGAUUACGAAGAUGUCCAGUAAUUGCAAGUCAAUUACUUGUUAUUUGGAUUACAGUUUUCAGUAAAGCAGCUGUCAAAGUUCGCUUCCAUUUUAAAACGGGUCAAGAACGAAAAGAUAAUUAUAAUUCUUUUGAUAAAGAGACAAUUUUUUAAACUUUUUCUAUUUUAAAGCAAAUGCUGCAUAUUCUAAUACCAAAAAUAUACUUGUUUCUUAAUUAAUUGUUUUAUUCUUCAUAAAAAGCAAUUUUCACAAAUAAUGUCUCUUUAUCUAAGAAUUAAAAAAUGUGAAACUUUUAUUUCUUAACACACAUUUUGUGGCGGAUUUGACCGACAUGUAAGAGCAGAAAGAAAAAUAAUUUGCAACGCCAUCGUGGCUUUGUUAGAUUUAAAUGUUAGCCCAAAGCACACUGUUUAGUGUUUAUCGUAUGAAUCGUUACAAUAAAUCUUUAAAACCA